UGUCAUCUAUUCCAUAUCUUGUGUUCAUUAGCGAGCUUCAAAAGUCGGAGUGAACAUGAAGAUCCACAACAUAAAUUUUGCCACUCUUUGUUGCCUCUCUCUCUCAUAUUUUCUUCUCUUUAGCUUUGUAACUCCAACCUUAUUGUUUCAGGGUUUCAAUUGGGAAUCUUCCAAUAAACCAGGAGGAUUGUAUAAUUCCCUCAAAAACUCAAUCGAUGAUUUGGCUCGAGCAGGGGUUACACAUGUUUGGCUUCCUCCACCAACUCACUCAGUUUCUCCUCAAGGGUAUAUGCCAGGAAGAUUAUAUGAUCUUGAUUCAUCUAGAUACGGGAAUGAGGCUGAUCUGAAGAGCUUGAUUAAUGCCUUCCACCAAAAAGGAAUCAAAUGUGUUGCUGAUAUAGUUAUAAAUCAUAGAUGCGCAGAUAAGAAAGAUGGAAGAGGAAUAUACUGUAUUUUCGAAGGCGGAACUCCAGAUGACCGCCUAGAUUGGGGACCUUGGGCUAUUUGUAGGGACGACACACAAUACUCUGAUGGUAGUGGAAAUCUAGACACUGGAGCUGGUUAUGGUGCUGCACCUGAUAUAGACCAUCUUAAUCCAAGAGUACAAAAGGAGUUAGUCGAUUGGAUGAAUUGGCUCAAGACAGAAAUUGGUUUUGACGGAUGGAGAUUUGAUUUUGUUAAGGGAUAUGCUCCUAGCAUUACCAAAAUUUACAUGGAAAAAACUAGGCCUGAUUUUGCAGUUGGAGAGCUUUGGGAUUCCAUUACAUAUGACCCGGAUGGUAAGCCAGACUAUAACCAAGACGGACCUCGAAAUGAACUAGCUGGAUGGGUACAAGCUGCAGGUGGUGGUGUUAUUGCUGCAUUUGAUUUCACUACCAAAGGUGUUCUUCAAGCUGCUGUUCAAGGAGAAUGGUGGAGAAUGAAAGAUUCUAAUGGUAGGCCUAGUGGGUUGAUAGGAAUUAUGCCUAAAAAUGCUGUCACUUUUAUUGAUAAUCAUGACACUGGUUCCACACAAAGGUUAUGGCCUUUUCCCGCAGACAAAGUCAUGCAAGGAUAUGCUUAUAUUCUCACACACCCAGGAAUUCCAUCAAUAUUCUAUGACCAUUUUCUUGAAUGGGGACUCAAGGAAGAGAUCGACAAAUUGACUUCGAUUAGGCUAAGAAAUGGGAUAAGUGAAUCAAGCAAUGUGAAUAUAAUGGCCUCUGAUGCAGAUUUAUAUGUGGCAAUGAUUGAUGGAAAAGUUAUUGUUAAGCUUGGACCAAGAUAUGAUCUAGGAAAUCUUAUUCCUUCCAAUUUCAAAGCUUCUACUUUUGGAAAAGAUUAUUGUGUUUGGGAGAAGCAAGGUUAAGACAAGCAUAUGCACUAUAUACAUGUACGGAAACUGCUGAAUAAUUGCAAGAAAUUUGGGCCAUGCAUUGUUUUGGGACAAAUUCGAAUUAUGUUAAUUGUUUCUUCUUUGAAGCUCUUGCUUCCUCAUUAUUGUUGUAUGCGACUUUUGUUGUAGUAGACUACUGUGCAUUUUGUUAUACCUGUUGUAUUACAAAAAAGCAUGGUAUAAUAAUGCUUCUUCAGUUCUUCGGUUCUUUAAUAAUCAAUACAUUUUCCUAAUUUAUACUA